UCCCCGGGGGCGGGACUCCGGAAGCCGCCCGGGGGCCUCUGACCUGCGUGGAACACGCACAAUUUUUGUUUUCCUGCCAGCUCCAAAUUCCCGCGGCCGGGUUAGUCCGGCGUGGGUGUGUGGAAAGCGGAAGCAGCUGCUGGCGCUGUCUCCUCGUCUGGGUGCUUAAUCCUCGCCCGCCAUGUCCGGGGGCUUCGAGCUGCAGCCGCUGGACGGCGGCCCCCGGGUGGCCCUGGCGCCCGGGGAGACGGUGAUCGGCCGCGGGCCGCUGCUGGGAAUAACAGACAAAAAGGUGUCCAGAAAGCAUGCCAUUCUUGAGGUGGUGGGUGGUCAGCUUCGAAUCAAGCCAAACAGUCAAAAAUUUGAUGAAGAUGAUAUGUUGAAUGAAAUACCAAAGUCUCCUGUGAUUAAUUUACCUGAAAAGACAACUGGUACCUCACAGCUGGAAAGGAGCCCAGAAAUAACCAAGAGCCAGACUUCCACAAUUAAUAGCCUGCCUUUCCUAGGUGAAUGUAGAACAAACCCUGCCCAGAGGAAAAGAAUCCUUCCAGCUUGGAUGUUAGCAGAAAAUAUGAGUGAUCAAGACCUUUUAGCACCUGUUGUCAGUGGAGAUAAUCAUAUCAUCCAGGAAGAUGGAAAAGAAGGGAUCUGCAAAGAAAACACUCUACUAGAUAUGACACAGAAAGGCAGAAAACAAUUAAUUUCAUCAGGAAAUUCAGAAAGUAUAUCAGCAGAACAAAACUCAGGAAAAAAGUAUAAAAAUAUUGAUCAAGAAGAGCCUGUCAUUUCAUCCAAGGAAAUACCAGACUCAUUUUCUCCAAUUACAUUAAAUAAUAUAAAUAUGAGUAGUAUAAAGACUAAUGCACAGAGACACAAAAUUGUAGUUGAACAUAAAGUUGUGACUAAGGAAACACCAAAUGAAGAGGACAAGGCAGCAAGCUGUUCUAAGAGUUGUUUGAGUGUCCAAAGCAAGUUGUUCCCCACUGAGUCUGACAGAUGCCAUCUGGAUUCUGGCUCUGAUCCCUCCAGUCCUCAAACUUUUCAUACAAAGACAAUGGAUUCACUUCCACAAGGCUCACAAGGAAACAAGGUCAUGAGGACAUCCUGCAUGUAUGGGGCAAACUGCUACAGGAAGAAUCCUGUCCAUUUCCAACACUUCAGCCACCCUGGCGACGAUGACUAUGGAGAUGUACAAGUGGUGGAUGAAGAAGAAGCUGAUGGCCGGCCUGAAUGCCCCUAUGGAGCCUCUUGCUACAGGAAGAAUCCCCAGCACAAGAUUGAGUAUAGACAUAGUACAAUUCCAGCAAGAAACAUUUUAGAUGAAGGUAAUGAUGCGCAGCCCAAUGAGUAUGACCUGAAUGACAGCUUUCUAGACGAUGAGGAGGAAGACUAUGAACCAACAGAUGAAGACUCUGACUGGGAGCCGGGGAAGGAAGAUGAAGAGAAGGAAGAUAUGGACGAGCUUUUGAAAGAAGCAAAAAUGUUUAUGAAAAGAAAAAAAUAACCAUUUUUCUGUUUCCUUUAUGGGAAAAAGUCAGAAACUAAAGAGGUGCUUUCCUUCUUUGAUACUUAUGACUUUUACCAUUGACUUCUUUGCAUCAAAACAAAACACUGAAAUGCCUGUCCUCUUUGAAGUGAUAGACUGUAUUCCAUUGCCCCCCUCCCCCAUUUCAGGCACCUGGAAAUGAAGCAGAGAGAUUAAAGAGUAAUAAUAUUUUUCACAUACUUUAUAUUGCUAAU